AUGCUUAAAGGAGGGCUGAAGGUUUUAAUCGCUGCAUGCGACACCUUCAGGGCGGGCGCUGUGGAGCAGCUCAGAACGCAUGCAAGGUGUCUAGACGUACCUCUCUUCGAGAGAGGCUACGGUAGAGAUGCUGCAGCAAUCUGCAAAGAGGCGUUGAAAUAUGCUAAAGAAGAGCAAAUAGAUGUUGUCCUCAUAGACACUGCUGGGCGCAUGCAGGAUAACGACCCCCUGAUGCGCUCGCUAGGCAAACUUGUUUAUAUGAAUAAUCCUGACCUGAUUUUGUUUGUCGGCGAGGCGUUGGUCGGCAACGACGCGGCACAUCAAUUAAAAAAGUUUAAUCAAGCUAUUGCUGAUGCUUCUGUACAAGGUUCCACCCCGCGUUUAAUUGACGGCAUUUUGUUGACAAAGUUCGACACCGUCGAUGAUAAGGUGGGUGCUGCAUUAAGUAUGGCGUAUAUUACGGGGCAGCCAAUCGUCUUCGUCGGCACCGGACAAAAAUACGGAAACUUAAAAAAACUCAACCCGGACAUGGUGGCGAAUGCUCUCCUUUCUUGA